AUGGCGUUCGUUAAUCCUUUCACUGUCAUAAGUUACUUAAGAAGUGCUUCAUUCCAAAGAUUUCUUCCCGAUUGGAUCGUAUCAAUCACUUUGGUUAUUUAUUUCUUUUCUAUUGCUGAACAUGCUAAACCAUUCGAAAGACAAUUCAGUCUUAAUGAUUUGACCAUAUCAUAUCCAUUCGCUACUAAAGAAAGAGUCACUGGUCCAGCAUGUAUUGUCAUUUCAUUUUUGGUCCCUGCCAUAACUAUCACAUUAGUUUCAUUUAUAAAAUCUUUAAGAUCAUCCAAUUCAGGUCAAAAAGUACUUCAUAAUUUACAAAUAUCAAUCUUAGGAUUGAUUAUUUCAUUAAGUUUUAAUGGAGUGGUGACUGAUAUCUUAAAGAAUUGGAUUGCUAAUCCAAGACCUGAUUUCCUUGAAAGAUGCGGAGCAAGAAAUGAUACUCCGUUAGAUACUUUAGUGGAUAUAUCAGUAUGUACAGCUCCUUAUGGUCAAACUAUUUUAAUCGAUGGUAUGAGAUCAACUCCUUCUGGUCAUUCAUCUAUUAGUUUCAGUGCCAUGUUUUACUUAUCACUUUGGAUUUAUGGUCAACUCAGGUUAUCAUCAUCAACUGCAUCAGGACUUGCACCUCAACCACUUUAUAAAUAUAUAUUCGCUGGUUUACCUAUCCUUUUAGCAAGUUAUAUUGCCUUAAGUAGAACUCAAGAUUAUAGACAUCAUUUUUUUGAUAUUUCAUUAGGUAGUGUCAUUGGGAUUGGAUUUGCUAUUACAUCAUAUUUAAGAUAUUAUCCAUCUGUGUGGUCAAUUGAUCCUGAAAAGACAAAUGAUGAACUUGAAUCAGCUUAUGGUGAACCAAUAUUACCUCGUUAA